AGACCGUUCGAAUAAUGUAUGGUCAAUCAUUAUCAUCUCAAAAUUCUGUGCCACAUUUGAAUAACGUGUAUUUAAAUGACAAUGUAUAUUGUUCAGCCAUGUUGGAUGAUGUACCAAUUUACAGAUCAGCUCCAGAAAUGUACCACCCAAAAAAUGCAUGAGGUCAAAAAUAUCUACUAAGCCUAUAUCUAUGAUUGGCGCGCACCUCGCUCGUGCUGUGGAUGAGAUGAUGCGAAAACAAUGAAGCGACACCCCAAAAAUGGCCCAUGGCAGACAAACAGGAUAAGAGUGAGCUGAAGGCGGAGCUGGAGAGGAAGAAACAACGCCUGGCCCAAAUCAGAGAGGAAAAGAAGAGAAAGGAGGAGGAGAAGAACAAGAAGAAGGAUGGGUCUGACUCUAAGCGGGGAGGGGAGGGGGGUGCAGCUGGGGCACCAGACUCGUCUGACCUGGAGAAGAAGAGGAGAGAGGCUGAAGCUCUACUGCAGAGCAUGGGGAUCGCCCCUGAUAUAACCAAUGCCCAGCCUCUGAGAGUAAUAACAGAGGAUACGUGUUUGUUUCACUAUCUAGUCCCCGCCCCUAUGUCUCCCUCAGCCAAAUCAAUGUGCAGCGAGACAGGAAGCCAGGACUCUGGAGAUGGAAACUCUAGGACGUUACACUGGGAUCCUGACCCCUCUACUCUACAGCUGCACUCUGACUCCGACCUACUGGGGCGUGGUUUGAGGCUUGGCAUGGCAAAGGUGACCCAGGUGGAUUUCCCACCCAAACAGUCUGUGUCCUACUCCAAGGAGACACAGACCCCCACCUGUACACAAACACACACACAGGCCAAACCAGCGGAGGAGGAAGAGGAGGAGGAGAUGGCCGAGCCCAAGCCAGCAGAGGAGUCCCAGGAGGAGAAAGCUGAUGAGGAGGAGAAGCAGGAAGAAGUCGCUCCCAAAGAUCUGACUGAAGAGGAGAAGAUGCAGCUUCUCCACUCUGAGGAAUUCAUGGCGUUCUUCGAUCGAGGGAGCAGGAUUGUGGAGCGGGCUCUGUCUGAACGAGUAGACGUCUGCUUUGACUACAGCGGCCGAGACCUGGAAGACAAGGAGGGUGAGAUGCAGGCGGGGGCUAAGAUGUCUCUGAACAGGGCGUUCUCUGACGAGCGUUGGUCCAAGAACAGAGUGGUCACCUGUCUGGACUGGUCUCCUCAGUACCCGGAGCUGCUGGUGGCCUCCUACAACAACAACGAGGAUGCUCCUCAUGAGCCUGACGGAGUGGCUUUGGUCUGGAACAUGAAGUUCAAGAAGACAACACCUGAAUACACCUUCCACUGCCAGUCUGCAGUGAUGUCAGCAGCGUUCGCCAGGUUCCAUCCUAACCUGGUCGUGGGUGGGACUUACUCAGGCCAGAUCGUCCUAUGGGACAACAGGAGCAACAAGAGAACACCUGUACAGAGAACUCCUCUUUCUGCAUCUGCUCACACGCACCCAGUGUACUGUGUGAACGUGGUGGGGACCCAGAAUGCUCACAACCUCAUCAGCAUCUCGACUGAUGGAAAGAUGUGCUCCUGGAGCCUGGACAUGCUGUCUCAACCACAGGACAGUCUGGAGCUGGUGUUUAAGCAGUCUAAGGCAGUAGCAGUGACCUCCAUGGCUUUUCCGCUGGGUGAUGUGAACAACUUUGUGGUCGGGAGUGAAGAUGGAUCAGUCUACACCGCCUGCCGUCACGGGAGUAAAGCAGGUAUCAGUGAUGUAUUUGAGGGACAUCAUGGUCCGGUCACUGGGUUGAGCUGUCACAGUGCUGGGGGUCCUGUGGAUUUCUCCCAUCUGUUCAUCUCUGCCUCCUUCGACUGGACCGUCAAGCUGUGGACCACCAAGAGUACCCGUCCUCUGUAUUCAUUUGAGGACAGCUGUGACUAUGUGUAUGAUGUCAUGUGGUCUCCCACACACCCCGCCCUCUUCGCCUGUGUAGACGGAUCUGGACGCCUGGACCUGUGGAACCUCAACAACGACACAGAGGUGCCCAGUGCAAGUGUGUGUGUGAAUGGGUCUCCUGCUCUGAACCGUGUGCGGUGGGCUCACUCAGGGAGAGAGAUCGCUACAGGAGACUCAGACGGACAGGUGCUGGUGUAUGACGUAGGGGAGCAAAUCUGUGUGCCCAAGGCAGAUGAAUGGACCCGUUUGGUACACACACUGGUGGAGAUCAACGAGAACCGUGAUGAAGGAGAGGAGCUGGCCGCGCAGCGCCUAGUCGCCUGAUCACCAUGGUAACCACUCCCCUCCUGCACUUGCUUCCAAAUCCUCCCUCCAGUUGGAACAGGAGUGAUGUUUAUCCUCUCAGGUUCUAGAACAUUUGCGUGUUCUGUCCACAGCUCUUCCCUAAAUAUGCAAAACUUUGUACCUUUUUACUACUUUGCAGCUCUUGUGUGUAUUCCCUAAAGGCUGACCAUGUGGGUUUAAUGGUGAAGACAAAGAAAUAGGAUGACCCAUUCCAACCUUUAUAGACUAGGGCAGCAAUGUCCUUAGAUUUUAUUUAUCCAUGCUCUUAUCAUAUGCGGUUGAACAUAUUUUAAACAUAUUACAUAUUUAAACGUGUCUGCGGAUAGCUUUACUAGUAAAUCCCUUAACAUUAGCACUAUACCUAAGCUCAUACCACUACAAGACAAAGUGCUUUUUAAACUUUACUUGCCUUGACUGAAUAUGUUAGUAGUUUUUGAAUAAACUAAAGUUAAUGACUUUACCCAUUUAAAAAUUUACUGUACCCGUAGGUCUCAAAAGAAACGCAGUGUCUCUCUCCUUCCUGAAAGGAUGUUAAUGAAGUAUUUCCGAAUAUGAAGAGCCAUAGAUCCAUACAGAGUUUGGCCAACUAUUCACCAUGUUGGCACCAAAUGCACCACAUUCUAAUUAGCAUUUCAACUAGACUUUUGUUGUGGGAACAUUGUCCAUUCCACAAUUCUCUGUUGGAAGGAGUUUACCAAACUCUGUAUAUAUACACACACAACACAUUCAGAAAAUAUUCAGACCCCUUGACUUUUUCCACAUUGUUAUGUUACAGCCUUAUGCUAAAAUGGAUUAAAUAGUCCCCCACCCAUCAUUCUACACACAAUAUCCCAUAAUGACAAGGUAAAACGGUUUUUAAAUGUAUAACUGAAAUAUCACAUUUACAGAAGUAUUCAGACUUUGUAGUCAGUACUUUGUUGAAGCCCCUUUGGCAGUGAUUACAGCCUCGAGUCUUCUUGGGUAUGACGCUACAAGCUUGGCACACCUGUAUUUGGGAAGUUUCUGCAGAUCCUCUCAAGCUCUGUCAGGUUGGAUGGGGAGCGUCGCUGCACAACUAUUUUCAGGUCUCUCCAGAGGAUGUUCGACUGGGUUCAAGUCCGGGCUCUGUCUGGGCCACUCAAGGACAUUGAGACUUGACCCUAGCCACUCCUGCGUUGUCUUGGCUGUGUGCUUAGGGUCGUUGUCCUGAAGGAAUGUGAACCUUCACCCCAGUCUGAGGUUCUGAGUGCUCUGGAGCAGGUUUUCAUCAAGGAUCUCUCUGUACUUUGCUCCAUUCAUCUUUCACUCAAUCCUGACUAGUCUCCCAGUCCCUACCGCUGAGUGUCUGGCCACUCUACCAUAAAGGCCUGAUUGGUGGAGUGCUGCAGAGAUGGUUGUCCUUCUAGAAGGUUCUCCCAUCUCCACAGAGGACCUCUGUCAGAGUGACGAUUGGGGUUCAUGGGCACUUCCCUGAGGCCUUUCUCCCCCGACUGCUCGGUUUGCCUGGGCGGCCUUGGUGGUUCAAAACAUAUUCAAUUUAAGAAUGGAAGCCACUGUGUUCUUGGGGACCUUCAAUGCUGUAGACAUUUUUUGGUCCACUUCCCCCAGAUCUGUGCCUCCAGAAUCCUGUCUCAGAGCUCUACAGACAAUUCCUUCCACUUCAUGGCUUGGUUUUUGCUCUGACAUGCACUGUUAACUGUGGGACCUUAUAGACAGGUGUCUCUUUCCAAAUCAUGUCCAAUCAAUUGAAUUGUAGAAGUUGUAAAAACAUUAAGGAUGAUCAAUGGAAACAGGAUGCACCGGAGCUCCAUUUCGAGUCACAUAGCAGAGUCUGAAUACGUAAAACGUAAAUAAGGUCUUUUGUAUUUUUUGGGUACAAAAAAAUAAAAAGUUUUGCUUUGUUAUUAUGGUGUAUUAAUGAGUAAAACCUGUAAUUGAAUCAAUUUUAGAAUAAGGCUGUAACGUAACAAAAUGUGGAAAAGGGGAAGGGGUCUGAGUACCAAAUGCACUCUGUGCUCCUUAAUGAAUUUGAUGAUAGGAAAUUUUGUAAAAUUGUAUCAGUAUAACAUGAAGUGACCAAUCUAGUAUUAUGCCAAAACUCCUGGUAAGGUUUUGCUUGUCCCUUUUUGCUGUUCAUUCCCCUUGAAAUAAACACUAACCUCUAGAAUGAAAACCAUACAUAUGCUUUAUUUAUUUCAAUAAAAUACACAAUG